UCGGGACGCUUGUGAUGUAGGCCAAAAUUAAAGUCAGUGCGUGAAAGGUGUAACACAAAACAGUGAAAACUUGAUAGAAUAAGUGUUUGCUUCAUUCGGUAAACCGGCUAAUCCUCUAAGCCGCAAAGUCCAACAUCGUUUUCGCAUUUCGGUUUUUUACUUUCCCCGCACCCAAGCCGCAGUUGCUGCGCUCACACUCCGCCGGCCGCUGAAAAAAUGUCUCUGAAUGGCGCUCGGCUGCGCUACGUGGACGAGAAUGGGGAGGAGGUGUUGGUGCCGGCCAAGGGACGCACCUUUCAAAUCGGCUCCUACUUUAGCUGCGACGUGAUCCUGGAGCCGCAAGCGGAGCGCCUGAUUUGCGAAAUAACAUGCGACGCCUUCGGCAGGGUCACUCUCCUUAACCAGUCCAACAAGGAUACUGCGAUCCACCUGAAUGACAAAAUCAUUCACGGUCAGCGCAGUCAUCCGCUGCUGCACGGAAACAGGAUCACCAUUCUGGACAGGGUGUACACCUGGGAGUCCCUUAAGAUGUCUGGCUCAGAGGAUGUCGCGAGCACCCCGGAGCGGCUGCCGCCCGUUGAGCAGGCGCCGAACUCCUGCCCCUCGUUGAAGACCCAUCGUCCACAGAUCGACAAGCGUCUGACAGUGCACAACUUUCACUACAGCAUAAACUCGGAUGACGAGGGGAACACAUCCAUAGAGUCGCGGGACCAAAACGAAUCUCACUUGGACGGCCAGGAGAGCUUAAAUUUCUCGACUCCACCAAGCACAGAGUUGUCAUCGUGCGAGACGCCCAAAGUCGAUCUAGUAGAGGCGACCCAGAACAAGGAGAACACCGCCACACCGACGGCUAGCCACCAGUUGUUGCAGCUUUGCGCUCUCUCGGACGUGGUCAUUACAUCCUUCUCGCCCCGAGAGACUGGUGUUAAGGUGGAGAAGUCCUUUACCUGCGUACGGAAGCCAACCAAAAUUGGAAAAUCUGCGGCAUCCAUAUCCAUGUCCACGCCGAAGAGUGUGUACAGCACCCCGAAAGGGGGAGUGCUGUCCGAGUUGAAUGACGACAGCUGCAGCCGCGAUCUGAUGGACUUCAGCACACCUUCAACCUCGAAAAGGACCCAUCGGCAGUCGUCCAUGUAUUUGAUCGAUCUGACCACACCCUCGAAGCUUCGACCUUCUCUGAAGUCAACACCAAUUAGCGUGGACAGCACGGACGAGUCAUCGGAAGGUUCUCCCAUCGUCAUUGACAUAACAAAAUCGGCCACGCCGCCUACACCAGGACGGUCCCAUCUGGCUAAGACGCCACAGCGACUAGCCAAUGCCGUCGCCGCCACACCCACUCGCACACCGCAGUCCCUGAUGAAACGGGCGCUGCUCACCAGCACCAAGAAGAAACAGAUCGCUGCCAACCAAAUGGAUAAAACACCCGUAGCUACCCCAAGUAGACCAACCCCGCGUAGCCGUAUCACACCGCGCAUGCCAUUCGUUUCAGUUCCUACGCCUGAACAAAGAGAAGAGUGGCGCGCAGCCGCCUUAAAGAACAGCCAGACACCCAAUAGCAUACCUCACAAGCGGCAAUCCCUUCACCUUGGGACGCCAAGAGAUAACAAGCUCUCCCAGAUAAGAAAGUCACUAGCGGCUGCCAAGCGCAGUCCCACCGUAGACAGGAGCUUCAAGCUGAAGGCGAAGGCCCGACGUACGCUGAACUCGCCGAAGAGUAGCUCCCUGAAAACGGGGUCGUCCACACCAACAACCUUCAAUUUGUCACAACCCAAAUGUUCCACUCCGGAGAAGCUUGACGAUUCUACGAAAGACGAGUUGAGUCGCACUUUCACAAUCAUGAACGAUAGUGGGGACCCGGCUGAAGAAAGUUCUAUAGCUGUUGUCACUGGAGAAAUUGACAAUAGUGUUGCUUCUAAGAUUUCAGAGACUACUCUUCCACCAAAAGAUAAAGGAAAAGAUCCGUGCGUAGAGCUGAUAGAGAAUCAGAAAUCUGAUGUGGAAAUGAUAAAAUAUCCAAACAAAGACGAUUCCAUACAGUGCGAAAAUGCAACGCAAUCGUUUGAGGAAUCAUGCCAAGAAGCAGACCAUCUUGUUGACAAUCAAAGCACCGAAAAUUGUUCCAUUCAAGCCAACGAAGGAGUAGACAUCAUUGAAGAUAGUAUUUGUGAAGAGGUUCACGCAAGCAUUCCCCCAGAAAUAGAUGAUAAUGAAAAGCUUCCGAAAGUAAUUGAUGCUUGCGAGAGGGAGUCACCAAAUAUUAAGUCUUCUGAUACUGUUGCAGAAGAAGAGAACAUUGAACCAACGCCUCAAGUUGAAACUCCCAUGCUUCGAAGAAGUUCGCGACGACUCUCUGUUGACCAGAAAGUAGGCGUCGCCACAACACCACGUCAAGACAGGAGCACUCGCAGAGGUUCUGUGGGGGCCAGCAGGAGCCAGGCAGAUACGAAGACGGAGGGCAGCAAAAAGGGCACACGAAGAGCGUCCUGUUCGGCGUUGGUGGAUAGUCAAGAAGUCAUCGGUACGCCGCGUCGCAAGCGUCGAUUAUCAGAGCAAAUAAGCACACCAACGAGACAAUCCAAACGUCUGAUGAUGAACACACCCAAAUCCACAGUUGAAGUCGAUGAUUCCAUAGGCGAUAUGGGUGUGAUUGUAGAGGAAGAUGAUGAUGAAAAAUCUUCCAUUGUGGACGACGAGAAUUAUGGAAAGGAGCUGCCAUGUGAUGAGCCGGAUAAUGUCGACUAUCACGGUCUGAGGGAUCUCUUAAAGACGCCUAAAAAUUGCAGCACACCUCGCUUCAAGGGGCUGCGGGAAAUGAUGCGCACUCCCAAGGUUCCCGCUUCUCCAAUUUUCGGUAAUAUUGAAGAGUUGCUGGAUAAUUCUAUUGGAGGUAUCACGCCCCAUCAAAACAAGACCACCAGGAGCAUCACAGUGGGUCGGGUCGCAGUAGAAAAUGGCAACGCAUUGGAGGGAGUUUUAAAGACUCCAAGCGCCAGGAACAUAAUGGUGCCCAACGAACCAGCAAGUGCCGUAUUAAAGUCCCGAGGGGAUUCCUUAGCAACAGCCACCGAAUACGAACUGGACAUGACAAAUACCACGUUGCACCUGGACAAAAUCUUUGAUGAUGUGCCGAGCACUUCAGUUGCCAACAUGGAGGACACCGAGGCAGAGAUAAAUGUGACAGCUCUUAGUACAGCGUCGGGACUGGAUCCCCUGAAAGAAUCUGUGUCAUCCGAGCUACCUAUGAGUGUCUGUAAAUUGGAAACCACUGGUUUGGCUUCCCAUAAGAAUGAUCCCCUUACUAGCACUACAUACAAGACAGUCAUGCAGGCAGAUCUUGAACUGAGCACCACCAUUGCCGAGGAUGGCGAACCGUCCUCUAGGCCUAGCUCACUGAGCUCGAACGAUUUGAGUGGCAUGCAGUUGCUGGAUCAAACCUCAGACUCCAUGUUCUCCGAGCCGCUGAUAGUGUCCGGCGUGGAAUCGUGCAACGUUACCGUGGAUGAGACAAAAGCUUUAGGACAGACCACCCAUCAAACGUUAGAUCUCAACGAUGUCGACUCAGACUCAAACAUAGGACUGACUGAGCCGCUUGUAUUGAGCGACGAUGAUGAUGAUGAUGCUGUAGUGGUGAAGGAUUCAAGUGUGACUCCCAAGAAAUCAAUAGCUCGCAAGGAGGUUUCCAUAGCCUACAAUAUCGAAGAAUCCGUUGCUUCGAAGGAUACUACACUAAAUCGGUCAAAAUUCAACGAAUCUGAAAAUGAGACUUCAGCUUUAGGCGAAACCAAGAAUAAUUCAUUGAUUGAAGAGGUCUCGCUGAUUGAAGUUACUGAAAGUAUAGCAGGCGACAGCAUUAGUACAACCAAAGAUGAAAAAUCCUUGGUAUUCGAGCUAGACAGUUCGAGCUACACGGAUGCAGGACCUACAGAAGAGAACAAUGAAUCCGCAGCCGCCGAAUUGACCAUUGUAGAUAGUGAAAUUUUUGCCUUGGACUCAACACAAGAGGACGAAAUUUUAACUUGCGUGGAUGAAAAACCAGUCGAGUCUGGGUCUGAAGAAGCCGGAUUAGUAACCGAAGCUCAAACUCAUCCUUUGGAUCUACAAAUAGAAAAUCCUCUGCCUUCCGAAGAAGUGUUGGAGAAGCGCAGGACAACUGAUGUGGCUGUGACACAUGAAGAAAAAGGAAAUGCGGUAUCCGAAGCUGUAGACUCAGAAUCUCUCCCUCUUGAUACAACAGCAAAUAGUUCCGUCAUAGUGGAUGAAGAGCUUUCAGCUAAGAGUGACAAGAAACCUAUCGAUUCCGAUUCCACAAUAACUGAAGAAUGUUUACCAGAUAAAUUUGCAGAUCAGUCAAUAAUUAAUUCUUCAACUAGCAAUGAUCUAACGAAAGAAAAUACAAUUGAAGACGAUGUAUCCAUAUCCUUGGACUCCGAAACUCUUUCUCGCGGUUCAACAGGAGAUGAGCAUGUGGCUUUAGAGGAGAAGAUUUUAACUAACGUUGACCAGCAACCUAUUAAUACCGACUUCUCAGAUACUAAAAAGAUGCAAUUGCAGAGAAAGAUCAGUCAGUACCUUCCAAAGAACAAAACGGAGACAGAUGCAGUAACAACGCCAGAAGCUGGCGAAGAUUCGGUUCCUAAAGAAACGGAGACAGAUGCAGUAACAACGCCAGAAGCUGGCAAAGUUUUGGUUUCUAAAGAACCGGAAACAGAUGCAGUAACAACGCCAGAAGCUGGAGAAGAUUCGGUUCCUAAAGAAACGGAGACAGAUGCAGUAACAACGCCAGAAGCUGGCAAAGUUUUGGUUUCUAAAGAACCGGAGACAGAUGCAGUAACAACGCCAGAAGCUGGAGAAGAUUCGGUUCCUAAAGAAACGGAGACAGAUGCAGUAACAACGCCAGAAGCUGGCGAAGAUUCGCUUUCUAAAGUAACGGAGACAGAUGCAGUUACAACGCCAGAAGCUGGGCAAGUUUUGGUUUCUAAAGAACCGGAGGCAGAUGCUAAACCAAGUACAUCAGAGGCGUCCUUUGUUAAAGCUGAAACACAUGAUGAUGCAGCUGACAAACCUACGGCUGAGUCUGAAAUCACAUUAGAUGAAAUAGAAAUCCAGAAAGGUGAUGUUGAGGAAUUGCCUACUUCCAUAACCACUCCUUGCAUCCAUGACUUCGAAGUAGUAUCUCAGAAGGAGGAAUCAGCUCUAGAACCUUCUGUGAGUCCACGUCCAGCCAAUAUUGGGGUUGAGGAAACGUUAGCUGUACAGCAUACAGAUCUAAUCGACCAGGACCAGGAAGCCCAAGAAAAAUCCUCCAUUCAAGAAUAUAUUAAGGAAAAUGCAGCUAUGAAAGAAAUUAUGGAAGACAAGAAUCCAUGUGGCGAACAAAAGACUAAUGGUGAUGAGACCAAGAUUCUUGCUACCGAAGAGACUUCAAAACAAAACGAAGCGGAUAAAACACAAAUAGAAUCCAUAUGUGAAGCAGAAUCAGAUAAGGAGAAAACUACUACUAUCUGCGAUUUGUCAAUGAAUGAAUCAGCUCCCGUCACAACUGCUGGAAAGAGUCCCUUACCAUUAGAAGACGUGAAUCAACCAGAAGAAUCCAAUGUAGCAGAUAUAACAGCUGUCGAACCGCAGGAUAUGGAAGUAGCAGCGAGUGACGACUUAGCUAAAGAUGAGGUAAAUGUUAACAAAACGCAUGUUGUUGCGGACGUUUCAACUCCGUCGGAAAUAGCACAUAAUGAAAGCAGCGGUCAGGAGCCAGUAUCUCCCAUAGACGUCCCACCUACAGAACUUUUGACUGACAAGAAAAACGACCUGAAUACGAGUUCUACGAAAAUUGAAUCCUUCACUGAGCAGCCAAAGCCCGCCAGCACUGAAACAAUUCGAUCUAAAAAUGAAACUAUUCAAGCCGACUCUGAGGAUGAAAUAAAUCAGCUGGAUAAAUCGAGCAUAGCUGAGGAAGUUGGAGAAGAUUAUGUUGUACAAGAAACGCCAAAGGCUAAAGCUUUUGUAAAUGAUCGGAAUGUUACGUCGUCCAGCGAAGAAAUGAGAGCCCAAGAAGUGGAUCUUAACCCGAUAGAAGAGUUUUCAGACCGUCUCAAAAAAUCGAAUGAAGUUGAAGAAACUUCAAUUGAUAGUUCAGCUAAGGAGUCUACUACGGAACAGACCUGCCAGAUUAUUCCAUCUGCUACCGCAGCAGAUUCGUCAACACAUUCCUCAGAAUUAAUAAAAGAUGAUUCCGUUACAGAACAGCAAGGAGUAGAUAUAUUGAAUUCUUCAGCUCCAUUGGAGGCUUCUUUAUUGUCAGCUGCACAAGACAAAAGUUUGGCUGAAAAUCCGGAGAUGGCUACCACUGAGCCACUCAGUAGCAGCAUAGCUGUCGAUGGAGCUCCAGAAGCAUCGCCAACUGAAAAGCCUUUAAUAGCUAUGAUUACGGAAGAUGCAACAGACAAAUCCACCAUUCGAACGACAACAGAAGAGUCGGAAGAGGCAACUGAUAAUGAUGUGAAAUCUCUUAAUGAAACGGACCAUUUAUCAAUUGAGGAGGCUAAAGAACCCAUCAAAAAUAUGUCCUUAAACGAAGAUGAAGUAAUAUCUGAGGAGCUGGCUAAAGAGACCUCUGCUCAAGAAAAGCCGAAGACCGAUGAUCAUCAUAUUAGUGCGAAAUCUUCGGACCAGAAGGCGAUACAAACUGCAGCAGUCAAAAAAGUUUCUGAUAUCAUUGAGUUAAGCGAUGAUUCAAGUUCUGAAUCUUCUCCAGUUGAAGAUCACAACCCAGCCCCUGUAACUGAGGAUCCCAAGGAGAAUAAGGUUAAAGAUAUCGCUGAAGAAGGCACUCCAAUUGCUGAAGUCAAGGAAACGUCUGAUAUUAUUGAAUUGAGCGAUGAUUCUAGUUCUGAAUCACCUCCAGUUGAACAAGAUCAUAUGCCAGCUCCUGCGCCUGCUUCCGAGGCAGAUGCUUCUGUCCCAAAUAUAGAAACAAUUGCCCAUCAAGAUGGAAAAGUAGAAGAUGUAACUGAUGAAUUUCAGAAUGGCGCAGCUACGGCGGCUGUUACUGCAGAGAUAUCACAGGCUUCAGAUAAGUUAGCUUUUGUAGAGGUGAAUGCAGCUGAAACAACUUCAACAACAGAAUCUGUCGCAACUGUUGAACAAGACAAAGCUAAGGUUGAAAGUUCUGCUGAUGAAGAGGCACCUUCUAAGGAGAAAGGCGAAUCCAGCGGAGAAGUUUCGAGCACUGUGCAGGAUGUUGAAGCAUCCAAAAAGGAGAAUAUACUAAGCGAUAAGCUACCGACGCUUUUUAAUUCCAGUCCGGAACCCGAAGCAUCUGACAAAUUUAUGGAGUCAAAUCCAGAACCCUCAGUAUCUACAGUGAAAACUAUAAACAUUACUUGCGAUCCCGACGAUACAGAAAAAUUAAAGCCAGUCAAACGAGCGACCAGAAAGGGAUCAGCCUCUUUGGAGACACCUGCAGAAGAAAUUCUGAUGAAGACAAGCCGACGUGUUCGAAAACCAUCUGCAAAGGAGCCCAUUACUCAUAUCCAAAAUAAGAUGGAGGAAACUGAGGAGGAAGAUGUCCUGAAAAACAUUCCGGAAGAGGCACAUUCUUCUAGAGCCAAUGAAGAGAAUGAGUCAACAACGGAAGCUGUAUCUGAUCCUAAUCAGGAGGAAGAUACCGUUGAGAAGCCAAAGCGACGCGCCCGAAAGCCAUUAGAGAAAGUGAAGUCAGCAGAAAAACCUAAGCGACGAGCACGUAAGGAAUCAGCUGAAGUUCCUGACCCCGUGGUACACAUAGAAAAUAAAAGGAAAUUGAAGACGAACUUAAGGACGAAGAACAGACGCAUUCUUCAAAAACAAACAAACAACAUGAGCUACAAAAAGCAGAUUCUUCCCAGAAGCAGGAGGUAGAACGCCAGAAGAACACAUCCAUGGGCUACAAGAGGAGGAGGAGAAAGAAGAGCCCAAAAAUCUAAGGAAACUAAAAAAGUGGAGAUCAUCAAAUCUCGAACAGAAAGACCUACAAGAAGAGGGCGAAAGGCAUCGGAAGUAGACACGGAUACUACAUUGGGCAAGAAACCAAAGAUGGACUACGAAGUCAACGAAGUGAAGGACUCGCCUACAUCCACUCAGAUCGAACAAGAACAGGAAAUUCAAAAGCCAGAAAGACCCAAACGAAGAGGACGUAAAGCGUCGGCAGAGGAAGAUUCAAAUGUAGUUAAGGUCCCUUCAACUGAAGAAGUCCUGCAAUCUAUUGUGGAGGAAGAUAAUGAGGCCAAGGUCAUCAGCACGGUGGAUAAGGAACCUGAAGAUGUUAGCACGAAGGGAAGGUCACGGCGUAGGGGGCGCAGGUCGUCAACAGAGGAGAUCACAGUAGGCACAUCAGCCAGUCAGGCAAAGUCUGCAAAUGGAAACUCAGAGAAGCCAUUGGCGACAGAUUCAGGGGAUCAACCAUUAAAUCUUGCAGAACCAAAUGGACCCCAGAAGCGAUCUCGGAAAUCAUCAGAAAAUAUACCGGCAGCGGUGAAGGAUUCCCCUAAAGAAACAGAUCACAUAGAAAGACCCAAGCGUCGAGGACGCAAGCCAUCGGUUGACAUUGAGCAUGUGGUUGAAGAUGUCCCCGACAAACCAAGGCGAAGAGGCAAAACACCGGCUGACCCCGAGAAGCAACCUUCGGGUGAAGCAAAGGAUGCCGAACCUGACAAAAAGUCUAGGCGCACUGCCCGCAAGCCCUCAGUUGAAACUGUGGUUACGGAUGCCCGCAACAUCGAGGUGGAUCAUCUUAAGGAUAUUGAAGAGGUAGCCGAGUCAGAGCCUGAACCCGACGCGACGACAAGUAUGCCGCUUCCUGUGAAGGAGGAACCGAAGACUCGUCGGCGCGGACGUAAUCUGAAACUCGAAACUUUGGACAUAUCGACCAAAACCACAGCUGAGGUAGGAAACUCACGCCUGCGUGGACGCAAGGCCACCCAAGAUGACGUCCCCAAGUCCGAAGUCCCCGUGGAGGCUGAGACCAACCUUGAUGAGGAUCUCGACAAUAUAGUUCCAUCGGAUUCCAAUAAUGAAGUUCAUAAUCAGCCAGCGGAUGAGAUGGAGACGGAAGUUACAGCAAAAGAGGGAAAAACCAAGAGACGGGUCCGCAAGGCCUCAGCAAAUGUUGAAGAAGGGACGGCGGUAGCCAAAAAGACUUCGACCCGUCGCGGCCGCAAGGACGAUAUUGAGCAGGAAAAGCAAAUCGAUCUGCAGCAAGUGCCAACGGAGAGCGUUCCAGCAGUAGUGAUGAUGUCUGCCACUAUUGCCGACGAAGCUGUGCGAUCUGAGGACGAGAUUACACCACGCCGGCGAGAGGGCCGUAACAUGCCACGUAAAAAUUACGACGAGACUUCAGAUGAGGACAAGAAGAGAUCUGCACGCCGGCCACGGAAACCAGCACUCAGCAAGCAGUUGGCUUUUAAUGCUGAAGAUUCGACCCCAGUGUCCAAACGCCAACCCGUCGAGGAAGUGGAGACGCCCGCCAAUACGGUGGCUAUCGAGGAGCCCACAUCCACGCAGCGGCGCGAGGGACGCAACGUGCCCCGCAAGAAUUACACGGAGGCGCCGGACGACGAUAAGCCCAGUUCUUCUCGCAAUCGCCGGGUCCGCAAUUUGUCUGCUAAGGCCUUGGAGUUAAUCGUGGAUUCCUCACCUCGACCAAAUACUCCAAAAAGCCGCAAGGUAAAGGCGGCUUCGAAAGAUGAACCACCAGCAAAGAGAGCAUCGCUAGAGGCGGUACCACCUACAGAAGCCGAGCCUGUGCCGGAAGAGGAGCCGGCACCCGUAAUCGUCAAGGGGCGUGCCGCUCGUCGCAAAGCAGAUGCUGAUUUAUCCGAACCGCUGGAUGCCAAGCCAGCCUCAAGGAACGCUCGCGCCACGGGACGUAAGGCCAAGGUAGACUCUGACCUGGAUGAAGCUGCCCCCACUAAGAAGGCGCGGGGUGGAAGUCGUGCAAAGACGCCGGUAAAUCCUCCAGAAGAUAAGUCUGCCACUGAGCCGGAAGAACAUCCUCCUCCGGUUAGGAAGGGUCGAGGUGGAACGCGUGCCAAAACUCCGGUGGCUGUCAUCCCAGAGGAUACUGCAACUAAGCCAGAAGAUGAGCCAGCAAAGAAGCCAGCCGCCCGUAGUCGUGCACGCGGUGGCGCCAAAGCAGUAGCCGUACCAGAGCCGGAGCAGCCCGUCCAUGAGUCGGAUGUAGAGCCCGGAACAACUGCGACCACUGCAUCGCGCGGAGGACGAGCCAAAAAGGUGCAUUUUGAACCAACGGAAACCGCGGCGACGUCGACUGCCAACGCCGAAGAUGCGCCAAAGCGAGCAACACGUUCCCGCCGGAAGUAAACAUUUAUAUAUACAUAUAGUAAGCAGUUAGUUAGAUUUAAGAAUCCCUUUGUUUCUUAUGUUUGAUUGUAUUUACCUUGUUAAUUUUUGAGUAUGUUUUUAUGUAACUUCUGUAUAAAGAAUUUGGAAUUAUAUAUAUAUUAUCGGAUCCCUUGUAUCCCCUCCCUUAUAUUUCUGGGAUGGCUUGCUCGCUCUAACUUAAUACAAAAGAACCUUAAUAGAUUUAAUUAUUAUAUAUAUAAUUAGUUAACCUGGUAAGGCAUUUUAUCAAUUAUCCCAAAAAUAAAGA